AUGGCAUCCGCUUCUGAGGAGAUUACCCCCAAGAUGGAUCAGCGGUCGGACAAGUCGGUCCCUCACUCAGCGAGCGACGUUGAGAAGCAGGCCGCCGCACCCAAGGAUGAGCUACAGCGCAAGCUUUCAUCCCGACACUUGCAGUUCGUAGCUAUCGGCGGCACAGUAGGAACUGGUGUCUUCAUCGCCAGCGGUGGCUCUAUCGCUACUGCUGGUCCCGCUGGAGCACUUUUGGCUUACGUUUUCGUUGGAACCCUGGUCUACUCUGUCAUGCUCAGUCUGGCUGAGAUGGCUACCUACCUACCCAUCUCUGGUGCAUUCACACAGUAUGCUGCUCGCUUCGUUGACCCUUCGCUUGGUUUCUCUAUGGGAUGGAUCUACUGGUUUUCAUGGUCCAUUACCUAUGCGCUCGAACUCACAGCCGCCGGUCUUAUCAUCCAAUGGUGGGACUCGGACCUCAGCAUCGGCAUCUUCAUCACCAUCUUCUGGGUACCAAUCACCGCCGUCAACUUUUUGCCCGUCGACAUCUUCGGCGAAUUCGAAUUUUGGUUCGCACUGAUCAAGGUUGUCGCCCUUGUUGGCUUCUGGAUCUACGCCAUCUGCAUGAACGCAGGUGUUGGCGCGCAGGGCUACAUCGGCUUCAAGUACUGGGACUCACCCGGUGCUUUCGCCCCGUACCUCGCGGAAGGAGCUGUUGCCAAGUUUGUCGGUUUCUGGGCUGUUCUCAUCCAGGCUGGUUUCGCGUACCAGGUCACCGCUGCCAUGGGUCUGCUGGCCUACAUGAACCUCAGCUCCAACGGUGGAGAGGCUUUCAACUGGCUCCUCAACAUUGUCUCAGUCGCAGGUUUCAUCGCCUGGACUUGUGUAUUGGUCUGCCACCUCUCCUUUAUGCGCGCGCUGAAGGCCCAAAACAUUGAUCGCGAUACCCUCCCUUUCAAAUCAUGGGGUGGCCGCCCUCUUGCCAUCUACGGUGUCACUUUCUGCGCCAUCAUCACCAUCACCCAAGGUUUUACCGCAUUCGUCCCGUGGAGCACCGAAGACUUCUUCAUCGCAUACAUCAGUUUGAUCCUCUUCGCUGUUCUUUACCUUGGUCACAAGAUUGUUACCAGGAGCAAGUUCAUCAACCCUGCUGAAGCUGACCUUCUUACUGGAAAGUUCGAGGACGAAGAAAGUGAAACUUGGGAAGAGUCUUCCGCCAGUGGAUGGAAGAAGUUUAUGAACAAGUUCUUAUAG